AUGACAGAGAUGAUGGAAGAAAAGAAUGGAGAUGAAACAGAAAAGAUGGAGCAACAGAAAACAAACUUCGGAAAUCCUGUUCAAAUGAUCACCGACCGAGGGAUAUCAUUUACAUCACAAGAAUUCGAGAAGUACUGUACGGCGGAGGGGAUUCGACGUAUUCUGAUAAAAACGGGACUUCCUCGAGCUAACCUAAGUGUGGUUGGUGUUGAAAAGCAAAGUGUCACUUCAUGGGAAUUAACUGGCGAAGGAAACGAGGUGGUAAAACAUGGUAGCCAUGAAAUGCAAGUGUUUCGAAAUGUACCUCCUGAAGGAAUUCUAUUAACAAAAUUGAUGCAAUGUCUUCCUGACAAGAAAAUUUGCUCUGUUGGCUUUAAUAAAGCCAUGGCUGCUGGAUGGUUGAGUGUGGAUAAAACACAAAAGGAGCCCUUGGUUACAGUCAAAACUAAACCCAUGUCAGAUAUUGUUCAAGAACAUCUGAAAGAUAUUCUAAACGAUAAUGCAAUUAAUGUUCCUCUGUCGCAAAAACAAGAUUACAAGAAGCGUAAAUUGAUUCAAGAUGUAAUAAUCACAAACUAUAUUAUACGCAAAGGUGAAAAAUUCACAACUGAACUUCAGAAGGAAGCUAAUGAUCUUACUGUAGAAAUGCUCAACAGUGGCUCUUGGAAAGGUCAACAAUUCAAGCCUUAUAAUUUCAAUGCCUUAGGUACCCCACCACCAAGUGGUCACUUACAUCCUUUAUUAAAAGUGCGGGCAGAAGUAAGAAAAAUCUUUCUGGAAAUGGGAUUUCAAGAAAUGCCCACUAAUAAUUAUGUAGAAAGCUCAUUUUGGAAUUUUGAUGCACUCUUCCAACCCCAGCAGCAUCCUGCGAGAGAUGCACAUGACACAUUCUUCAUUUCUGAACCAGCCACAAGCAAGAACUUUCCUAAAGAUUACAUGCAGAGGGUGAAAAAAGUCCAUAGUGAAGGAGGGUAUGGCUCGCAAGGCUAUGGAUAUGAAUGGAAAGAAGAGGAAGCAAGUAAAAAUCUGUUACGCACUCACACAACUGCUGUUAGUGCAAGAAUGUUAUAUAAAAUAGCUCAAGAGGGAUUUCAACCCACAAAGUAUUUCAGUAUUGAUAAAGUUUUUAGAAAUGAAUCUUUGGAUGCCACACAUCUUGCUGAGUUUCAUCAAGUGGAGGGAGUGAUUGCUGAUUAUAAUUUGAAUUUGGGCUCUUUAAUUGGUACACUUUCCACAUUCUUUAGUAAGUUGGGUAUUGAGAAACUUGAAUUUAAACCAGCUUAUAACCCAUAUACAGAACCCAGUAUGGAAAUAUUUGGCUAUCAUGAAGGUCUGGGCAAAAUGAUGGAAGUAGGCAACUCUGGAAUCUUCAGGCCAGAAAUGUUACUUCCAAUGGGACUUCCUGAAGAAGUAACGGUAAUAGCGUGGGGUUUGUCUUUGGAAAGACCUACAAUGAUAAAGUAUGGAAUAAACAAUAUCAGAGAUCUUGUGGGUCCCAAAGUUGAUUUGAAGAUGGUGUAUGAUAAUCCCAUCUGCCGUCUUGAUAAGUAAUAAUCUUUCCUACUUUUAUGUAAUUGGUAUUAUUUUUGUUUUGCAAUAGUAUAUCAUAUUUACUAGUUUUACAUUUCUCAUCACUAAUGUUUCAAGUAAAAUAGGAAAAUGCUUGAAACUAAGAAUGGGCUAUACUGCUCUUGACCAAUAGAAUCAGAUAUCUUGAGAGGUUCAUUGGAGAAAAAUGGAAUAAUAACAAUGUUAUUAGACUUAGUAAAUCUUUUAAUUUUUUGCUUUUGUGUAACUUUUGGUAGUUUUCAUAUCGGUUAAAUGAGAACUGUACAAAGCCUGUCAAAAAUGUUCAGGGAUAUUGCCCAUUAAAUUCUCUAAUUUGACAGAAUUCAACAUUGUUAGCCUUUCUUUGGUGGCUUGAAAAAUUAAACUAACUGACAUAAAUAUUCUGAAAUAAAAAUAUCUUGAUGUGGCCAUUCCAAUGAGUAUUGUGCAUGAGAACGCAGGGAUGGGGAGUGUUUUGCUGGAUUGAAAAAGAGAAUACACAAUUUGAUUUUAUGUACCUCUAAAUGGGACGCAUAUAUUUCCACUUUCUUUACCUAGUUGAAAACUUGCCCAAGGGAUCGUUUGUUGUUAGUCCAUAUCAGAGGCAUGGAGUCACAACAUGGACGGAUGCCUGCCAUUGUUUUACACCACUUCUCUGCAGCUGCUAUCAUGUGCAAGGAAGCAUGAGAAAAGUAUGUAGUGUAGGUGUGGUUGAAUUAACAGCAAAACAAAUAGGAGUAUGCAUGAAAAAAAAAAAAGUGUCAUGAGAAACCAAAGGGGAACUUGGAGGUCACUUCUAAUGUAAACACGGUCACAUGUGCAGAUGGUUAACGAAUUCUUUUAUACUCGUUCUUUAUAUGUUCUUCCUUCUGUAGAUUCUAUAUUCAGAGCAGUGUGGCUACUUUACUUGCCUUAGGUUGUAAUGAAAUACAUUUAAAACAUCGAAAAUUAUGCAUUUGAAUUCCAAGGUUUAUUAUAAUGUAUUUUAUUUUAAUACUAAAUACUUUAAUACAUUUUAAGCAGUUAACAAUGAAGACAUUCUGGUAAAACUCAAUGGAUUUGUGUGUAAUAUAAGUAAAUAUGGUAUAUUGAUUGUGUAGUUGCUUUUGUUUCUGUUAAUUGUAUUUAUUUUGUUUUGUGUAAUGCAGUCUUGCACUGAAAAUGUUUUCAAAUGGGAAGUGUCUUUUAAUUAGAAAUGAAGUUUUCUGUGUUAUAAAUGAACUAUGUAACAUCUUGAAAUGACAUAAAGUGAAAUCAAGAAUUCUCAUGUUGUGAUAGGUGAAGAGAUAGAUUUGGCAGAAAUUAUCAACAUUUUAAAUUGGAAAUUGACACUUCAUAUUAAACUUCAUUUGCAAUGCUUAUUUGUUCAUAUUGUAAAUGAAUUACGUAAGAAUAUUUUAAUCUACUGAUUUUAUUACUUGUGCACUUUCUGCAAAUUGCUUUGUUAUUUACAGAAUUUUGUUGCAAGUGUAGAAAAGUCCAAUUUUGCACAAAACUUAAUUUUCUGUAGAUUGGUUUUGUUUAUGUACAAUUUUCUCAGACUUGCAUGACUUUGUACAAUAGUUUUUGAUUCUAUUAUUAAUUGUGCUGUUUUAUUGCCAUUUGAUGUCAAGAGAUGACUAUUGCCCUGAGAAAUGUAAUUUUCAGCUAAUCCUUGGAUUGCAAGGAAAAUUCAAGUAUUUCGACCAAUACUGCAAACAUUGAUAGUUGCUCAGCAAUGAAAUUGUAAUGUUGCCGAUGAAUUAGAAGCAUGUAUUUUUCAAAUUUGAAACUCAUAAUAAUUACAAUUUAAAUGGAUUCUUAAAUUAAUGAAAGAUUUGGCCUUUGUUAAUAUCUGUGUAAUUAAAUUCUCUGAAGAAGAUUAGUUAAACAUAAUUUUAUAAUAAUUAGUGAAUUACUACAGUUCUGGAGAGGAUCCUAUUCAAAGAAUUUUUAUGGUUAGAAUAUUUGUAUCAUAAUGAGUGCAUUGUUUGUCACCUACAAAUUAUCAGUUAGGGAUACAAUGACAGUGUUAGAAAAUAUAAAAUUCAUUCAUAGCCAAUAUGAAGUCUGUACUUACUGCAAUAAUAGCUAGUUGGCAAAUGAAUAAUUGGAAAUUCAUUAUGCAAGUGAAUGUGUUUAUUUACUGGUCUACCUGAGUAUAUAUCUUUCAUUCACAAUUUAUUUUAGUUCAGUGGCUUUAGCAGUAAUUUUUUCCUUAUUUUUACAUAGGAUAUAUAGAUUGACACAUUCAUGUUUGUUGAAGAUGUAGUUUUAAUAUUUCGAUUCUUAAUUGCUGAGAAGUAUCCUGAAUGCAUAAACAUUGAAUGAGCAUUGGUGUGUUUUCUUCUGGAUCUUUUUCAAGUUAAAUUGUCGAUACCAUAGAUUUGUACAAGAGGUGAUAAGUUUUAAGGGACUGUUUUUUCUUAAUGUGAGACAAUAUCUGUGCAUGCCAAUCUCUAAUGAAGAUAUGUUUGUUAUUUUGAAAUUGUUAAGUUCUUUGUUUUAUUGAAGCUUCUAUGUGCUUAAUUGUUAAUAUUAAUUUUUAUUCAAUGAUUUUAUUUCAACGUAAUCUGGGUCUUCAGUACUUACUACUGAAAAGUUAUGGUGCAAAUUUUUGUAUUCCGCUGUUGUGUGGAUAUUACAGUUUAAUGAUGUACUACUUGAACAGAUUCCCUUAACUUUUUAAAUAAUCAUGAAGGAAAAAGUUUAUUGUGUUAAAUAUUAAUUCAUGUAAUGAAAAGUCUGUGAAGUGUUAAAAGUACAAAUUUAUACAAAUGUGUUGCCAAGAGGAGUUUAACUAUAAUGAUAUGAUAAUGAAUUUGAAACAUGUGGUUGCAAUAAUGUAGGUAGAAAUUGGCAUAUGUAUGUAUAACAUGGUCAGAGUAGGGACUGGCAAUGCAAUGUCUUUUCCAUAUCACGUUUAGACAGAAACGUGGCAGUUUAAAUAAAAUCAAAUAAUAUUUUUAUCCUAAAUUUUAGUAUUUGCAUUCAUUGACACCUGUGUCAUUUUAUAUUGUCUGGGAAAUUUAGAAAGCUGUUGUGUGUGCUGUUGAAAUAUAAAUGUUGCAUUUGGUGCUAUUUUUAGAGUGAGAAGAAAGUUUCAUCAGAUUUUGUUUUAUAGUAUUUUCUUCUCCAAUUUCAUUGUAAUUUAGAAGUACGUACAGAUCAUAUUUAUAUUGGUAUAUUUCAUACAUUUUCAAAUUUCUGUAUCAAUCAAGUCGGAAGAUAAAUAUAUU